AUAUUUCACUUGGAUAUCAAACCCCAAAACAUCCUCUUAGAUGAAGACUUCAACGCGAAAAUUUCUGAUUUUGGAUUAUCAAAACUAAUUGAUAAGGACCAAAGCCAAGUUGUAACAAUGAUGAGGGGAACACCAGGCUAUCUGGCUCCUGAAUGGUUAAGCUCAAUUAUCACUGAGAAAGUAGAUGUUUAUAGCUUUGGUGUCGUGGUCUUGGAAAUGUUGUGUGGGCGCAAAAAUUUGGAUAGGUCUCAACCUGAAGAAGAUAUGCAUCUACUAGAUCUAUUUAAGAGGAAAGCAGAAGAGGAGCGAUUUCUGGAUAUCGUUGAUAAAUACAAUGAUGACAUGCAAACACAUAAAGCAGAAGUUGUGGAGAUGAUGAGGGUUGUUGUGUGGUGUCUACAAAGUGAUUUUUCCAGGAGGCCUUCCAUGUCGGUGGUGGUUAAGGUCUUGGAGGGUUCUGUAGAUGUUCAAAGCAAUUUGGAUUAUAACUUCACAACUCCUAUGGCACCAAAAGCAAUCACAGUUCAUGGUCACCAAGGGAAUCACAUUGGUGCUGCUACUACUUUAUUUCCAUCAGUUUUAUCAGGACCAAGGUAAUGAAAAUACUCUAUGAAAAAAUUACAGUUGAUUGGUUUGAGUCUUUUCUAUUCCUUUCUGUCCUUUUUUUCUUUUUCUUGGACUGAUAAGUUUUAGAAUUUCGAUUUAGUCUAGGAACAUUGCAACACAAUGGAAUAAAAUUGUCAAAACAUGCCAUGAAGGCUUAGUAAAGUUCCCUGUUCACACCAUUCUAACUUUGUCUUGUGAGAAUUUCACUAGUAAAUCUAACAAGCUGGUUGCGGUUUGAAAUUUGUACAAAACUUAUCUGAGAGUUGUAUUUCUACCUAAUUUAGUGAAAGUUCUUGGUAAAAUUGCAUGUUCAUUUACCCAGAUCCUCUAAGGUCUUUUAUGUACAUAUAAUAUAAUGUAGUGAAUAUAUAGUGAGUAGGGCCCUAAAAAAUCUACUCUCCAUCUCAAAAUAUUAAUCCCUUAUUCUAUUUUUCAUUGUCCCAAAAUAUUAGUCGCUCAUUCUAUUUUUCAUUAUCCCAAAAUAUUAGUCUUUUUUCACAAAUCAAAGACUAAAAUAACAUGAAUAUUUUAUUUCGUCAUUUUUUUAAAUUCAUUAAUUAUGACAAUUGAUGUUCCCAAGAAGAAGUCAAAGGGUAGUUUUGAAAAUUUAAUACUUUUGAAGUGUAAUAAUUGUACUACUAAAAAAAGUUGAAUUCCCUAAAAGAGACUAACAUUUUAGGACGGAGGGAAAACGACCAACAUUCCUUCACUUCUCACAUUUUUACCCCUUGAACUACCACUAGUUUGCAGUAGAUAUGGUACGAUAACGUGGCAAGUGCGGACUGCACUUGCUUUAUUUUAAGCAUAUAAAUAAUAAGCAUCAUAAUCUUGGAUGUUCUGAGAUUACUCCCUUAUC